AUGCUUAAUCGAGCACUGGUGGUUUGGAGUCACUGUGGUGCUGCUGCAUUUGCUACGAAGGAAUGUGGAGUACCGAUUGUUCGGGGUAUUGACCCGAAUCCGAGAGCCGUGGCCUCAAGUCGGAAAGAUGCCCAACGCAUGGGUAAAGGUUAUGAACUGAUCAGUUUUCGAGUGGGUGAGAUGUUCCCAGAGACUGACAGUGUUACCCAGUCGUCGCUGGUGCGCAAAUAUGACUUGAUAGUUUUUUAUCCUGAUCAAGGGUCUGUUAGUUCCCUUUUUGCUGAAAACAACAGUGAGUACGCACCUGGGAUGGAGGGGUUUGCAGGCCGACUAGAGCAAUUUUUUGACGAGGCGGGGCGUCACCUUUCUGACUCUGGGGUUAUUGCAAUUUGUUGUACAAACCUCAAUUCCAUAUUAAAGCCGCAUGAACCUAACCCUAUUGAAUAUGAAAUAAAAGCCAAUCGAAAGUGGGUGCUUUUGGACUACUAUGACUUACCAAUCAGAAACAAGGGUGUCCUUUCUCAUAUCCCGACAGAGCAUCGCUAUCGACUACCCACUGAAAUGAAGAAGUGCUUGCGGAGUGAGCUAUGGAUACUGCACAAGGUAGAGUCCAUUGGCCACUUUGCUUACAUUCACAACAUACCUGGGGCACGACCACCGUCCUCUGUAAUUUCCCACUGGCGAAAUAAAAGCCUGAAUAAACUGAGACGUGCUGUGAUGAAAGAUCAAGUGGAACUGAUGGGUGGUGAUUGGGGUGAUUACAAAAAGCGUAUGCUGCAAUUGCUCCAAGAACAGAGUGGGGAUGAUGAGGACGAUGUGGCUCAAGCUGCCCGGAUGGCGCUUGAUCCAUCAUACCCGCUCGAACUUGCGGAGCGAGCUCGUGUCGCUGUGGAAAGGAACAUAGAAAGUGAACGGACGUUUCAUGAGGACGUUGCCAGGAGCUUUGCCGAGCAAUCACCCCGAGAGUCUUUUGAUUCGAAGUACGCUGAUCGUACAUAG